UUAUUGAAAUGUGAAAAUUAGAUCUUCUCCUACGUCCUUCGCCGCUGAUCUGAACAGCCGAGAAUCUCAUGAUAAUCACUCUGCUGUCGUCUGUUUUCUCAUCAAUUCGUCGUGGGCUGCUUUUCCGAAUCCAACACCUAGAAUUAUAUUCACAUUGUUAUGAUUAUCAAAUGAAAGCAGAAUUUUCCGCGAAUUAGGGCUCCAUUGUAGUUAGAACUCCCGGAGAUGGCGCGCCAAAUGACUUCUUCCGCCUUCCACAAAUCAAAAACUCUUGAUAACAAAUAUAUGCUUGGAGAUGAGAUUGGGAAAGGGGCUUAUGGAAGAGUCUACAAGGGUUUGGAUUUGGAGAAUGGAGAUUUUGUUGCAAUCAAGCAAGUUUCCCUCGAGAACAUUGCUCAGGAGGAUCUCAACAUCAUCAUGCAAGAGAUCGAUCUGCUUAAGAAUCUUAAUCACAAGAAUAUUGUGAAAUAUCUGGGAUCUUUGAAGACGAAAUCUCAUCUUCACAUAAUACUUGAGUAUGUGGAGAAUGGAUCUCUUGCAAACAUAAUAAAGCCAAACAAAUUUGGGCCUUUUCCAGAGUCAUUGGUGGCUGUUUACAUAGCCCAGGUGUUAGAAGGAUUGGUUUACCUGCAUGAACAAGGUGUGAUUCAUCGUGAUAUCAAGGGGGCAAAUAUACUGACAACAAAAGAGGGCCUUGUCAAACUUGCAGAUUUUGGGGUUGCUACAAAACUUACUGAAGCAGAUGUUAAUACUCAUUCUGUUGUUGGAACACCUUAUUGGAUGGCCCCUGAGGUCAUUGAAAUGUCAGGAGUUUGUGCUGCGUCUGACAUUUGGAGUGUAGGCUGCACUGUAAUUGAACUUCUUACAUGUGUUCCACCAUACUUUGAUCUACAGCCAAUGCCCGCCCUCUUUAGGAUUGUACAGGAUGAAAAUCCUCCAAUUCCAAAUAGUCUAUCUCCAGCUAUUACGGAUUUCCUGCGUCAAUGCUUUAAAAAGGAUGCUGGACAGAGGCCAGAUGCAAAAACAUUACUUUCGCACCCUUGGAUUAAAAACUCAAGGCGUGCUCUACAAAAUACUCUUCGUCAUAGUGGAACCUUGAGGAACAUUGAUGAAGUUGGAGCUGGGGGUGCUAGUAUAAGUAGCAGUGAACAAGGGCAUAAUAUUGAAGCCUCUUCCGCUGAGAAAGAUAAAACAGAGAUGUCACCCUCGGAGACUUCAGCUGUCAGCAAGUCUUACGAGGAUGAUAGCUCAAAACCUAAUCUUACCGAGGAAAGAACAAACAACCUUGAAAGAAGAUACGUUUCAAAUCAAUUUCAAUUUGUUAUCCAUAAAAUCUAG